AAACAGGAAGUGAGAGCUAACUUGAUACGCUGCUCCUUCUCAGAGUCCGAGCGCAGAUUAUUUGAGACGAAAACAGGCCUAACAGACGGGUUGCCUCGGUGAAAUUCAUUCAGCGACUUGCUCUAAUUAAAGGAGACACAAUGUCGAAGCCUGAAUGAAGGCUGCUAUGGAGUUAAAGGGCAAUUCUUUGCACACAAUCUUGGGCAUCUCCAGUCAUGAAUCCCAUCUCCUCCUCUGCUCGCUGUGAGGGCCAGUCCCCUACAGAUGACCUAAUGGACGACUGGCUCCUUCUCUCCUCUGAAUCUGCUGCGCCUCAGCACCUGGAAGCGAGCAGGGAGGAUCAGAACUCAGAGGACAGAGGCAAACUCAAAUCCAAGUUGGUCUCAGCAUGGAACAGCGUCAAAUACGGCUGGUCCUUGAAGCAGAAAUCCAAAUUCAGCAAGAGCUCUCCGGUGAUCAUGUUUGGACAAUCCUAUGAGCUCAUAGAUCAAGGGGAGAGGGAGCGUUUCCGUCGCUCCUUUGUAACUCUGCUGUGGCUGACGUACAGACGGGGUUUUCCUCAGCUGCCAGGCGGCUCUCUGACCACCGACAGCGGCUGGGGUUGUGUUCUACGCACGGGGCAGAUGCUGCUGGCACAAGGUCUGCUGCUGCAUCUGAUGCCUCCAGGUUGGACUUGGUCUGUGAGCCACCAUGUGGUCAGAGAUGACAUGGACCUGCUUGGACUGAAUUCAAAGGAAGGGUCCAACAAGAGGGGACGAAGACUGAGCUUGGACCUCCACCUGGUCAGGCCCAUGGCGGCUACACACAGGAGGGUGGUGUCAUGGUUCGCAGACAACCCUACCGCCCCUUUUGGCAUACACAAACUGGUGGAGUUGGGCAAAAGCUCAGGAAAGAAGGCCGGGGACUGGUACGGACCUUCUAUUGCUGCUCAUAUCCUUCGGAAAGCUGUGGCAGCAUCAACGGAUCUUCCCAAUUUAGUCGUGUAUGUUGCACAAGAUUGCACCAUCUAUUUAGAGGAUGUGAGGAGGCUGUGUGAGCGGCCUCCCCCUCAGUCCUGGAAGUCUGUCAUCAUCCUGGUUCCUGUGCGACUCGGAGGACAAGAACUCAAUCCCUCCUACAUCACUUGUGUCAAAAAACUCUUGACAUUACAGUGCUGCAUUGGAAUCAUCGGGGGCAAACCCAAGCACUCUUUGUUCUUCAUCGGUUUCCAGGAUGACCAUCUGCUAUACUUGGACCCUCACUACUGUCAGCCCACAGUGGAUAUAACAAAGGAGAACUUUCCCUUGGAGUCCUUUCACUGUAAACAUCCCAGAAAAAUGUCUUUCUCUCGCAUGGACCCCAGCUGUACCAUAGGAUUCUAUGCUAAAGGCCAGAAGGACUUUGAAUCACUGUGCGCAGCUGUUAAUGAGGCUCUCUCCACAUCAGCAGAGACGUACCCAAUGUUCAUAUUCUCUGAGGGAAAAAGUCAGGAGGAGGAGAAGGGAGGCAACACACCCCCAAACAACAUCACCUUCAUCCAGAGGAAGAAUGAAAGGAAAAGAGUUGACACUAGCAACAGCAUGGACGAGUUUGUUCUAUUGUGAACAGAAGUUUAAAAUCUGCCCUGAGGGGCGCACUGUGAUCAACAACAGUUACACUGUGUGGCAACUACUGAGAGUAACAGCUCCCAUCCACAAGCAAUAAAUACAUCAAGGGACACCUCAAAGGUUUUGUAAAAUAUAAUGAUCAGGAAUCAUUAAUGACACUACAAUAUUUUUAUUGCUUUAUUUUAUUUAUUGUUUUUAGGUGAGAACACUUAAAUGAAUAGUUUAAUUGAAUGAUAAAGGAUCUUUUCUAUUUAGCCAUCACGGCCUGUUUGUGUUGAUCCAUUCAUUAUUUUUUACUUGAUCUAUAAUAGUGAUAAUUAUGAUAAAACAUUUCUCCCAGGGACAUCUUCAAGGCAAGUGUUACAAUGACAAACAGUUUCUUACUGUUUCAUGCCAUGUGCAGCCUUUGAAUGGAUUAGAAAAUUGGAUUCUUGUAAACAUGUGACUCACACAUGAGAAACAGAAAAAAUAUGUAAUACUUCAUUGGAGCUGUGUGAAAAGAACAAAAGUUACUGAAAAUAUUCUUAUUAGCUGGAUUAUUUUUGCUGUGUUUUAUCUGAAUAAACAGUUUAUGAACAAAA